ACCCUAGCUCAACGUCCCCUUCACGACUGCAAUCCUCCGGUGAGAGAUCCGGGAUGAAGAACCUUAAACUCUCAUCGGUGUUCUCAUCGGUGAUUGAGCUGCAAUCCGAGCAUGAGAACCUUCUCUUUUCCGCUUUCGACAUCGAGAACAAUCGCAUCUUCUUCGCCUCCUCCACCAACUCCAUCUACACCUUGCAACUCCCGUCGGCUCAGAAUGAAGGGCUAUCGGGCAAAGCUUAUUUGAGCCUAGAAGCUGAGGAAAAGGCUUUAGAACCUGAUGACCACAUUACAGAUAUGGAGUAUCUGAUGGAGAAGGAGGCUUUGAUUCUUGGGACUUCUGAUGGUUACCUUUUACUGCAUAGUCUGGACCCUAAAGCAACUAACCUUGUUGGUAAGGUGGAAGGUGGAAUUAGGAGCAUUUCCUGCAGCCCAGAUGGGGCUCUUAUUGCCAUAAAAGGUGGUUUAGGGCAGUUGCUGGUCAUGACUCAUGAUUGGGAUGUUUUGUAUGAAACUACAGUCGACGUUCAACUUCAUAAUAAUGUGGUUGCAGGUGAUGCUAGCAAUUCUUCCAUUGAUAAUUUCCAAAGUCCUAUAUCCUGGCGAGGUGAUGGUAAAUACUUCGCGACUUUGGCUAGAGAUAAUGAUUCUUUGAUGCCAGAGCUUAAAAUUUGGGAGCGAGAAUCUGGAACACUGCAUGCAACUUCUGGCUCCAAGUCUUUUGUUGGAACAUCUUUGGAUUGGAUGCCUGCUGGAAGCAAGGUGGCAGCAGUCUAUGACAGGAAGGCUGAAGAGAAAAGUCCCCUCAUUGUAUUUUUUGAGAAGAAUGGAUUAGAGAGAAGCUCUUUUACUGUUGAUGGACCAGUGGAGACAAUAAUUAAAAGCUUAAAAUGGAAUAGUAAUUCGGAUCUCCUUGCGGCCUCUGUUUCUUAUAGUGAUUAUGAUGCUCUAAAAAUUUGGUCUUUCAGCAACAACCAUUGGUACUUAAAGCAAGAGAUAAGAUAUUCAAAGGAAGAAGGAAUGAAGUUUACUUGGGAUCCUACAAACCCAUUGCAUUUGAUCUGUUGGAAUCGACUUGGUAAGGUCAAUAGUUAUAACUUUAUUUGGGCAACUGCUGUCACGGAGACUACCAUUGCAUUGGUUAUUGAUGGCAAUAAAGUACUAGCAACCCCCCUUGCCUCUGCUCUAGUGCCUCCUCCUAUGUCUCUUUUCCACCUGAAAUUUCAUGAUGCUGUUCAGGACAUUGCAUUUAUCUCUUAUGAUGCAAAGAGCCAUUUGGCUGCAUGCCUCUCUGAUGGUCAUUUAUGCAUAGCAGAACUUCCUAGCACAGAUGCAUGGGAACAAUUUGAAGACGGGGAGUAUGUGGUUGAACCUUCACAUUUUGAUGUAUCUCUUGGGACCUUUAUGCACCUGACUUGGUUAGAUUCACAUACAUUGCUUGGUCUAGCCCCCUACCAGGCUGAUUCGUUUUCAACAGCAUCAUGUGGAGAUAAUGAGCUUGAUAAUCAGAAGUUGGCACAUUCUCCUGGCUAUAGUUUGCAUGAGAUUGAAAUUCUUUGCUCCGAGAAUUCUGUACCUGGUUCAAUCAAUUCAUCAGGGUGGUACACGAAGAUCUCCAGGAGUAUUCCUCUGGAGAAGUUUGUUAUAGGUAUUGCCAGUAAUCCUGCUAAAAGACGUUCCGCAUUUGUUCAAAUUAAUGGAGGAUCUAUUCUUGAGCAUUCUUCAGAAAUGAGGGCUGGGGGCAUGUCUACUAAGUCACAUCUUGGUCAGUUUGAUUCUGAUUGUGGAUUUACAUCCUCUUGUCCUUGGAUGAAAGCUAUUCUUAUUUGUGACCACGGCAUUAGCAAACCAUUAUUGUUUGGGCUUGACAAGGAUGGUAGACUGCAUGUUGGGAGACGGAUAAUAUGCAGAAAUUGCAGGAGUUUUUCAUUUUACUCAAACACAACGGUAUCUACCAAGCAAGUUGUUACACACUUGCUUGUUGUCACUAAGCAGGAUUUGUUGUUUGUCAUUGGUGUAAAUGAAAUUUUACAUGGAAAUCCAGAAUCUAUGGUUGAAAAAUACAGCAGCUUACAAAAUCAUGGAGCUGAAAGUAAGGAUUAUAUUAAUGUUUGGGAAAGAGGGGCAAAGAUGGUUGGUGCAAUCCAUGGUGAUGAAGCGGCUGUUAUCUUACAAACACCUCGGGGUAACCUGGAAUGUGUUUAUCCCAGAAAGUUGGUUCUUGCUUCGAUCAUUAAUGCUCUUCUUGAAGAACGUUUCAAAGAUGCUCUUCUCAUGGUAAGGCGGCACAGGAUCGACUUCAAUGUUAUUGUUGAUUACUGUGGUCAGCAAGCUUUUAUUAAAUCAGCCACACAGUUUAUUUGUCAAGUGAAUAAUCUCAGCCACAUCACUGAAUUUAUUUCUUCUAUCAAAAACGAAAAUAUUCUGGAGACUUUGUACAAAGAUUAUGUUUCACUGCCUUGUCGUGGAGAUUUUCCAAAUGGAGGUUCAGAAAAUCCACAAAGUAUUGAGACGCAGAGCAAGGUUUCCUGUGUGCUUUUUGCAGUUCGGACGGCACUUGAGGAGCAUAUUCCAGAAAGCCCUGCAAGGGAACUGUGCAUAUUAACCACUUUGGCUCGUAGUGAACCUCCUGCUUUAGAAGAAGCACUGAACAGAAUAAAAGUUACCCGUGAAAUGGAAUUAUCCAGGGUUAAUGAUGAUAGGAGAAAGGCAUACCCCUCUGCUGAAGAAUCACUUAAGCAUCUUUUGUGGUUAACAGAUCCUGAGGCUGUAUUCGAAGCUGCUCUUGGCCUGUAUGAUUUGAACCUUGCUGCUAUUGUAGCAUUGAACUCUCAGAAGGAUCCGAAAGAAUUUCUUCCUUUCUUAAGGGAACUGGAACAACUUCCACCAGCAAUUAUGAGAUAUCAAAUUGAUUUGAAAUUACAAAGGUAUGAGAGUGCCCUUAAACAUAUUAUUUCAACUGGUGAUGCUCAUUUUGAAGAUUGUAUGAAUCUCUUGAAAAGUAAUCCAGAGCUUUUUCCACUUGGUCUCCAAUUGUUGACUGACCUUGAUAAGAGAAAGCAAGUUUUGGAGGCCUGGGGAGAUCAUCUUUUUGCCGAAAAAUGUUUUGAAGAUGCUGCAACAACUUUUCUAUGUUGCUCAUUAUUUCAGAAAGCUCUGAAGGCAUAUCGUGCAGGUAGUGAUUGGAGAGGUGUACUCACAAUGGCAGGGCUUCUUGGACUACAAAAAGACGAAGUUCUUCAAACGGCAAAUGAUUUAUGUGAAGAAUUUCAGACUAUUGGAAAACCAUCAGAAGCUGCUAAAAUUGCUUUGGAUUAUUGUGCAGAUGUUGAUCGAGGUGUAGGUUAUUUUGUAAUGGCACGAGAAUGGGAUGAGGCCCUUCGGGUUGCCUGUGCAUAUGAGAGAGAUGAUUUAAUCUCCCUUGUAAAAGAUGCAGCUUUGGAUUGUGCUUACACACUAGUGACUGAAUACAAAGAGAGAACAGAGAAAGUAGGUCAAUACUUGUCCCGCUACCUAACUGUGCGCCGGAGUAGGUUAACCCUGGCCGCUAAGCUUCAUUCCGAGGAUAGACCAAUUGGUGAUGCUGAAUAUGACACUGUUUCUGAAGCCAGCAGUAGUUUCAGUGGAAUGAGUGCAUACACCCGAAGAUCAAAAACAAAUUCUACUGCAUCAAUCAUCUCUAGCACUGCAAGCAAAGUGCGGGAUAUAAGACGACAGAAGAAAAAAGGCGGUGGAAAAAUUCGCGCUGGAAGCCCGGGAGAGGAGAUGGGCCUGGUAGAUCAUUUGAAGAGCAUGUCUCUAACUGAAAGUGCUCGGCGCGAUCUUAAAUCCAUAUUGCGAGCUCUUGUAAUGACGGGCGAGGUCGACACGGCUAAACAUGUGCAAAGUGUAGGUAAAAAUUUUGAAUUGUCUCAACUGGCUGCUGAGAAACUCAUCGAAGAUACGGUAGGCACAAACAUCAUCGACGAAAGUUCGCAUACAUUGGAGCAUUAUUUGAAAAUUUUGCAAGGUUCACCUCAUUCUCAAAUCCUUUCAUGGCAAUCCAAUGUUUUAAUUUGAUUUUUACGGUAAGUUAUAAUUUAUUUAUUUUUUUGGUUCCAUCAUGAUAUAUAAACUUUCACUUGUUUAUGGUUUUUAUGUGAUUGUAUUACUGUUUUUGGCCAACAGCAUUGUGUUUGGUUUGCAAAUUUUGAACAAAUAAAUGGAACUUAAUAAACCCAGGGGUAUUAGU